AUGGAACUUGUUAAGCGCCAUAGACGUCAACGCUUACAUCGUUUACGAAAGACGACGUCCGAGUCGGGUGUCAGUGAUCUUGAAACAAGUAUGACUGAUUUUCGAUGCACAUGUUGUCCUUAUGGAUAUCAUUUGGAUACGGACUUCAUGAGGUUUCUCGACGAUAUGUAUGGGCCAGAUGUUCUACGCACACUGAAGAAAAUUGAACGUAAACGGCAUGAUGUGCGUCGUCGUCUAAUCAAUGAACAGCCCAAUCACGCGAAUCCGAGUCAAUCGUGCGCACAACAAUCAAGUCCAUCUGUUGACAAUGAGAUUUUACGUGAAACUUUACUUGAACUUGAUCGUAUUGUCGAGAAAGAUAUCAAAGAAUUAGAAGCCGAAUGUCAUCGACACGCAAAUAAUCGAACACCGAAUGGUCGUUCAACAAAUGUGCACCAACAGCGAUCUCGCUCCGUUGAUUCGCGUCGUCAUCUACGACCACCACCACGACCACCAACGUCUUCUUCAACGGCGGCAACAGCAAUGGGCAUGCAUUCAUCCACUGCUCGUACAGCGGAAGAACAUCGUCUCUAUGAACAUCGCCUACAAACGGAAAAAACGAUUACCACUAGAACGCAUUCAGCCCCACGUCUUAAUUUAAACACAAGUGAUAUGAUUAGUUCAUUUCGAAAACUAGACACAAGCAGCGGUGGACCGAUUACUAUGCUGUAUAAGAUCCCUCCGCCACCAUUCUCGCGAUCGAGUAGUUCAAGUUCGAUAUCAACUGAACCAACACUUCGUGUAUCAAGUCCAGAACCUGACGAACGUGAACCACUCAAACCGUUGUUUAUCACCGAAGUUAAUGUACCACCGAAACCAGCUGUGCAUAUAUGUAAACCAACUAAAACAACAGUUGUUACGAUAACCGAUAAGACAGAAAUCGAACGGCGUAAUCGUGAAAUUGAACGUUUAGAAAUAGAACGUCAAACUCUUUUAAACGAAAAAGAAAUUUUAUUGAAAGAAAUUGAACGAUAUAAAUACCGACCAAUACCGAAAAGUCCUGAACAAAAACUCGUAACCACGAACAUUCAAACUGACCGUGAACAUAUUGAGCAACAUCACGUACAUCAUCCACAAUCAGUAAAACCUUCUACACGUGAAGUUGCUAUGCAACAUAUUGUCGAAGAUGAAAAACCACCACCUCUACCACCGAAACAACGUCAGCAGCGCGAUGUUGCAAUCAGUCACACAACUGAAUAUGACGAUGACGAUGAAAAACAAACGGAAAUCGUUCGACGAAAAUUAGAAGAAAUUAAACACUUUUAUACCGAACGAAUACAUUUUUUGGAAGAUCGUAUACUCGAACAAGAAAGAGAUAUCGAUCGUUUGUGUGAACCUAAAAAACAGCGACAUGUCAACACUCAAUGUCAACCAACGAUGCAAGAUCGAGCCUUGGUUACUGAUACAAUUCGAUCAGUUCGAGAUGUUGCUUUAACUUGCCAUCUUCAACCAACAUUACCAGGCCCUGUUGGACAUCGUGAUGUUAGUCUUCAAUGCAAUACAAAUGAAUUUAUACAGAAACGUGAUGUAUGGAUGGAAGCGUUGCCAGAUGUGCCAAUCAAACGUGAUGUGUCGAUUGGCGUAUCUCUUGAUGUAUCAUCGGAUAAACAUUAUCGAGAUGUUGGUACGCAUGUCAAUUUUGAUUAUAAACCAGAAGUACGUCAACGAGAUGUAGCGAUCAUGUUUGUACCGGAACCAAUACUAAAACAUGAUCGAGCAUCAAAUACACAAGUUGUACAAACAAGAGAAUUCGGUGCUUUUGUUGAUACUAUUGAACCACCGAAACUUCCAUCAAAACCAAUCAUGUGUCAAGCUGCAACCGAUACUCGGAAUCUAAUUAUUCAUAAAGAUACCGCAUCUGGUUUGGAUGAAGCUAGACGAGCACGUGAUAUGUCAACGGAUACAGUAUCUCUAGUUACACGACAAGAACGCGGCAGUGGACAUGAUGUUCCACGUGAAUUACUAUCACGUCACAUGUCAACAGAUACACGUACAUUAAUAUCAACACGAGAUAAUUUUUCAGCGACCAUACCCGUUGCACAAACAGUUCAUGUUGACGCACAUACACAAUCCAUACAUCCUGUGCAACAUGAUGCAUGUUCAAAUACGACUGCACCAGCGGAACAACGACAUACAGGUGUCCAAGCUAUCCAAGAAUUGCCACUGGUUAAACAUAUAACCACAUCAACGGACCUUGAUGUAUUUCAUCAAAUAGGUCAUCUUAGACAUAGUGUUUCCAAUACGGAUUCGAAGCGAUCCACCGAUCGUUCGACUGGUACCGAGCGUUUAUCAUCACGCGAUCUUGCCGUUAAUACAGAACCGAAAAUUAUGUAUUCCAAAGACGUAGGUGAUUUCGAUAUACGUGUUGGUGAUGAAGAGAACGAACGAGAGUAUGUUGAACAUCAAGAAUUCACAUGGAAUACAGCGUAUGCUCGACGAACACCUUUGCACAGUCAAUCAACAACCUAUGAGCGCGGAUUCCAAACUGAUCUACAUGAUACUAAACGUGAAGUCGGCUAUGUGGAACGACCGACGAAACAGCAAGAAGAUUCAGUCGUCGAGCAACGACAAGAGAUUAUUACAUUUCGCAUACCCAAACCAUCGAUUGAAACAACAACAGAAGAAACUUAUGAAACAACUGUCACAACAGAAAAGCAAAAAGCAAAUCAAUACUCCGAUGAAAUAAGAACCCAAACGAAACAUGAGGAUGUCGAUACAACAAUCUUCAAAAGUGAAGUUACAGAAUGGACACGAUCAUUGGGUACUAACAAUGUCAUGAAAUCAUCGACAGACAGUAUCCAACGAGAAAACACACGUUCACGUUCACCGGAAGAACUCGUCGAAGAAUCCUAUGAGAUUGUUUCGACAUUGACAAAACCACACGAGGAGGAAUAUUUGGUAACAUCAUCGAGUCCACGACUAAAUAAAACAUCUUCGUCGUUAACAACAGGAGCACGAGCUUAUACUGAUGCCAACACGGCAAAAGCGAUCUCCAGUGAAGACGAUAGUUCUUAUUGUGAAGAAUGGACAGUUACAGAAGCAAAACGUAAACAAGAUGGACAAACAGUACAAACUAUUAUCGAUAGAGGCGGUCAUCAUCGUUAUAGCAUCGAUGCGGAAAGUACACAUGCAACAUCGAGAGAUGCAACGACAAGUUCAUCAGCACAAAUUCGACACCAAUCGAGUGAAUCGAGUACCAUUGCCAGUGGAACACAAAUUCGUGAACACGAAGAAAUAACACAACUAUCACCAUCAAAAGUCUGCAAAACAACAGUUUAUGAAUCUCAUCGAACGCUUGGUACUGGUCAACCUGCUCUCGGUGUGACAUCAACCGGUUUUCGUACAUUUCCAAGCGUUCACACAGAUUCUCAACAAACAACAGAUCCAGCUGAUGAACAGCAAAUCGAAGAAAACUAUGAAGUUACCGUAUCCACCUAUGAUGAGUCAGGUGUCAAAAUACUUUCAUCUGAUCCAAUGAUGGAUCCAUCUACUACUGGCGAAGGAUUCGAACUUGAUGAAGAAAUGUACAUCGCUUGUGCUAUUGUUAAUGAAUCACUGUACGAUAAAAAUGCUGAUAAAAAGAAAGUGCAUAAUUGUCUUCAAUUAAUUCAACAAGAAUGGUUUCGUAUAUCGAGUCAGAAAGACGUUAAUGAUCGCUUAGUCGAAAGUUAUCUGAACAGUAUCAAAGAACAUUUUUCGAAUUUUUUACUCGAACGUAUUGUCAACCUUCAAGAUGCUAAUGGAAAUACUGCCCUUCAUUACUCCGUGACCCAUGGCCAUUGGAAAGUCGUAAAUAUGCUCUUGGAUACAAAAGUAUGCGAUGUAUGCUUACAAAACAACGCUGGCUAUACAGCCGUUAUGAUGGCUGCAGUAAUUGAUAUAACUAAUGAUGAACAAAAACGAACUGUUCGUCGUCUAUGCCGAGAAUCAGGCAAUGUGAAUGUUAAAACAACAACGAGUAAUCAAACUGCGCUUAUGCUCGCUGUUAAACAUGGCAAGACCGAUUCCGUCGAAUUAUUAUUAGAAAAUGGUGCUGGAGUUAAUUUACAGGAUACAGAUGGCUCAACGGCAUUGAUUUGUGCUGUUGAACGUGAAUUCUUAAAUAUUGUCAAGUUAAUUUUAACAAGACCUGAGUGUGAUGUGAAUAUCGCCGAUAAUGAGGGUCAAACAGCGGUUACUAUUGCUACAAACAAGAAUCGUAAAGAUAUUCUAGUUGCCCUUUAUGCGAAAAUGAAAGAACGCAAAGGACACCAUUCGGCACUAGGCAGUAAACCUCGUCCUUCAACUGGCUCAGCAUCGAGCCGAAUUCCGGCACCUGAAAGAUCGACCGUCACCAGUUCCAAUAGAAAGAGAACAACUGAAUCAACAUCUGCCGCAUCUCGACGAAGUAGUGCUGCAAGUGGUGAUUCGGAUAGUAAUCCAGGUCCAACUGUAUCAACAUUUCGACGUUAUUAA